GAGUGGAACAGGGAAACAACCUCCGCCGACCUUUCUUUCAAUCCUGUAAUCCGUCUGCGUAGGGUGUGCUCUGGGGCUAGUCUCGGCACACAUUUUAUUAUGAAACAAACCAAAAGCUAGAGAGCACACGCAGACAUAUUUUUAUAAGAAAAACAAAAAUCGGUGAAGCAGGAUUUGAUUUGCCAACUCAAGCAACGCGAAGAAGACGCUGCCAACGGAUAAGAAAGAAAGACGGAACGAGAAGAACGUUAGCAAGCUAAACUGUUAGCCUCAUUGUUGAAAGCGUGGGCGAUUAACUUUAGCCAGUUGAGACGUAGCCUGAGAACACGCUUCGCCAGCCAUGAAUCCCAGCGCGCCUAGCUACCCGAUGGCCUCCCUGUAUGUGGGAGACCUGCACCCAGACGUUACCGAAGCCAUGCUAUACGAGAAAUUCAGCCCGGCUGGACCCAUCCUCUCCAUUAGAGUAUGCAGAGACAUGAUCACCCGUCGCUCCCUAGGCUAUGCCUAUGUGAACUUCCAACAGCCAGCUGACGCCGAAAGAGCUUUGGACACCAUGAACUUUGAUGUAAUAAAAGGCAGGCCUCUCCGUAUCAUGUGGUCUCAGCGUGACCCCUCGCUGAGGAAGAGUGGGGUGGGAAACAUCUUCAUCAAGAAUCUGGACAAAUCUAUCGAUAACAAGGCCCUGUAUGAUACCUUCUCUGCAUUUGGAAAUAUCCUGUCCUGCAAGGUGGUUUGUGAUGAAAAUGGCUCAAAGGGUUACGGCUUUGUGCACUUUGAGACCCAUGAAGCUGCUGAACGGGCCAUUGAGAAAAUGAACGGCAUGUUGCUCAAUGACAGAAAAGUAUUUGUUGGACGCUUCAAAUCGCGUAAAGAGAGGGAAGCUGAGCUUGGAGCACGAGCCAGAGAGUUUACUAACGUUUAUAUCAAGAACUUUGGCGAGGACAUGGAUGAUGAGAAGCUGAAGGAGUUGUUUAGCAAAUAUGGGCCUGCCCUCAGUAUCCGGGUUAUGACUGAUGAAAGUGGCAAAUCCAAGGGAUUUGGCUUUGUCAGCUUCGAGAGGCAUGAAGAUGCCCAGAAGGCUGUAGAUGAAAUGAAUGGUAAAGAACUGAAUGGCAGGCAAGUCUAUGUGGGCCGUGCACAGAAGAAAGGGGAGCGGCAGAAUGAGCUCAAACGCAAAUUUGAGCAGAUGAAACAGGAUCGCAUGACCAGAUAUCAGGGUGUCAAUCUGUAUGUGAAGAACCUGGAUGAUGGCCUUGAUGACGAGCGUCUGCGCAAAGAAUUCUCCCCAUUUGGCACCAUAACAAGUGCUAAGGUGAUGAUGGAGGGUGGACGGAGCAAAGGCUUUGGCUUUGUGUGCUUCUCUUCUCCAGAAGAGGCCACUAAAGCUGUAACAGAGAUGAAUGGGCGUAUUGUGGCUACAAAGCCACUGUAUGUGGCCCUUGCCCAGCGGAAAGAGGAGCGUCAGGCUCAUCUAACCAACCAGUACAUGCAAAGGAUGGCCACUGUCCGAGCUGUGCCCAACCCUGUCCUUAACCCAUACCAGCCUGCUCCACCCUCAGGAUAUUUCAUGGCGGCUAUCCCACAGGCUCAGAACCGUGCUGCAUACUACUCUGCCAACCAGCUGGCCCAGCUGCGCCCCGGCCCCCGUUGGGCCACUCAAGGAGUGCGUCCUCAGCACUUCCAGAACAUGCCCAAUGCUAUGCGCCCAACAGCACCCAGGCCUCAGCCCUUAAACACCAUCCGUGCAGCUGCCACCACCAACACCCAGGUCCCACGCAUGAUGGCUUCUCAGCGUAUCCCCACACAGGCGGUCAACCAGCGCCCUGCCAAUGCUUCAGCUGCCGCAGCCCCAGUGCGUGCCAUGCCGCAGUACAAAUAUGCAGCUGGUGUGCGCAACACUCAGCAGCACAUGGCCUCCCAGCCACAGGUCACCAUGCAGCAGCCGGCAGUCCAUGUCCAAGGACAGGAGCCUCUAACUGCCUCCAUGCUGGCUGCAGCCCCACCUCAGGAACAGAAGCAGAUGCUGGGUGAGCGUCUGUUCCCUCUGAUCCAGAACAUGCACCCCAGCCUGGCUGGCAAGAUCACCGGUAUGCUGCUGGAGAUUGACAACUCAGAGCUGCUUCACAUGCUUGAGUCACCUGAGUCGUUGCGCUCAAAGGUGGAUGAGGCUGUUGCUGUGCUCCAGGCCCACCAGGCCAAGGAGGCUGCUCAGAAGUCCUCCACCCCUGCUGGUGUUCCCAGCGUCUAAGAUCGAGCAUUUUGAAACCUGCUUCACCGAUGGAAAAAGAAAAAAAAACUUAAACAUUGAAAAACCUAAAACUCUGAAAACAUCGCAAAAUGAUAAAUUAUUUCUUAAAAAAAAAAAAAAAAAAAGAAAACGAUUGACUCUGCCAGGUCUAGGGAUGGUUUGACUAGACCUUGAUCAUAAACAAAAAUUUGUUGAAAAAAAAAAUAGCAAAAUAGAGAAAAUUGAGAUGAUUAAAUUUGAAUGCAUUCCUCUGUUUUAUGUCAUUUUACUGUGUCAGUGCUCAGAAUAUCCACCCACUUCAGGAACGUGGCAGCUGGGCAUCUUGGAAGGUGAUUUGUAUCGUAAACUACUGGCUGUAAUAAACUGUCAAUAAAUAAUUUGGGCUCUC